AUGGCCACCGCUGUGCUCGAACACCCGCGAUUUUUCCCCUCGCGCCCCGAUGCGCUGAACUUGGAGGACUUUGAAACAGCCUCGAUCCGCUCCGCCGCACCGUCUUACUUCUCGGACGCACCUUCAUACCAUUCCACGGCACCCAACCCCGAGCCGAUCCCCGCCUACUCCCCUCCGGCGAACAGCGCCGCCGCCAACAGAAACGGCUCCACACAGUACCCGACUUCACUCCUCCCUGCCGCCCCGGCCCCGACCCGCUCUGGGACCACGACGCCGCAGCCCCGCUCCGGCCUGCCCCCGAUCCCUCCGGUCGCCGCCGCCACUCCUCAACUCAACCAGUUCCGAAUCCCGACCUGGUCGACCGUGCAUUCCAAUCCGACCAUCAAUAAUGUCGCCCGCCGACGAAUGAACCAGAGCAGCCCCGACCACGUAGCGCACUUGCGGAGGUUCAUGUCGGAGCGCAUGGCAGAAGAGGAGGCCGCACAACGCGCGAGGGAGUUCCGUCCGCUCGAGGACCCGUAUCUCGUCGGUGAAGAGGCCGCCGGGAGAGCCAGGCAGGAGAGGCUCGCCAGAGAGACUGGGGAGGAUAUCCUGUGGGACGAGGACCGGCGGUGGAACAGGUUCCUCGCGCAAAUGCAGACCUGGGAAGGCCGCGAACGCAGCCCGUGGCGAAACGUCCGCCAAACCGAGCAGCCCUCUCAGCGAAAGAAGCUGACCAGGCGCCUGGCGGGACGUCUUUGGUAG